AAGAAAACUUUCAUAGACAGGUCUUUAAAGUUAUUUUUAAUUUUUAUCCCUCAUUUUUAUAGAUAACUGAAGGCAGCAAACAUACAUAAUACUCCAUCCUAUUUUCCCAACAACUCUGUGAGGUGGAUUGGGCUGAGACUGGCCCAAAGACAUCCAGCUGCGGCUUUCAUGCCUAAAGUGAGACUAGAAUUCCCAGUCUCCUGUUUUCUAACCUGGUUACUAGGACUCAAGUUAAUUUAAAACUAUUACUAGACUUAAUUAAUUUGCAGCAAUAUCUAAAGUAAACUAACUUUCCAAGUAAAAUAGAGUUAAUAAUUUCUACUUCUACCAAAUAAUUAAAAAAGUAGUCCCUCUUCAGUUUCUUUGCCCCUAAUUUUUUAAUUUGCAGUAAAUUGUUAAAAACAUAUGCUUAAGUGUUUUGCCACUGUUUAACAUUAACAAUAAAGAGCAUUUCCAUUGCCUCUUUAUAUUAGUUCUUUAGAGCUCCUGACAGGCAUAACAGAUUCAGAUUUUAUUGCAUAAAUAGAUAACAGUAGAGUAGGCAUGUUGCUUCUAAGCUUCAGUCAAGACAGCAGAGUUUUUGUAUCUAUCCAUUGUUUUUGCACCUGGCCUUACUUAAUAGUUUUAUCCUCUAUUAAAACACCAAAUUCCCAAGCGCCAAACACUCAUCCAGUUCUGGGAUAGAGAAAAGAACAAAUCCACAAGGCUCAUUUGCUAGCACACGGCAAACCGCUGACGAAGAAAGACUAUUUCCGGUCAGUGGUCUUUCAUACUUUCAGGGCUACGCCUAAAGAGAAUCUUCACCUUCGCCAUCUUCCGGGUCCUUCAUUCUCCUCCCCUGACUUUUGUCACUCUACCUAGUUUGAAUCAGCCCUUAGGGGCGGGGCGCAAUUUCCGGCAAUCGCUCGUUUCCUUUCCCGGGUCGCGCUUCCUCCUUCCUAUUCCCUGCCUGCGAGUUUUCUCAUUGGCCCUCGCGGAGCUGGGCAGGGUAGUCCAAGUGGUUCUGUGCUGCGGGGCGAACGAGGAGACGAGCAAAUGAAUGGUGUCAGCCACGGGUUCUUGCGGCGUCUGCUCGGCACUUUGAAGGUCCUUCCCCUGUUCAGGCGUCAGAAAAAACAGCGGCUGAACUGGUGGUUGCCCACCAUCACCGGGACGUUUCCCGCCAUGGAGCGGGCUGUGGUGCGUUGCGUCCCGGCGGAGCCUAAGCUCAGCGUUUCUAUCGUGCUGCAAGACGGUAAGACCCGGCAUCUGCGCCGAGACCAAACGGAGCCUCUCGGCCAGGCGCUGGCUCGCAUCGCCAACAACGUCAGCAAAGGCCAGGCCAAGAAGGCCAAGAAGAGCAAAAAGACGCAGGCCGAGGCAGACCCGGGGACGCCGGUGCCGUCUUCUGAGCUCCUCCCGGUUCGUCUUUUCUCCCAGGAUGGGGAAGCCGUGGCCGAGGAUGUGCCCAACGAGGAGGCCUGGAAGGACGGGGCGGUGCUGCAAAUUGGCGAGACCAGCUACCGCGUGGAGCGCAAUCCGCCCACUCUGACCGAGCUGCAGCUUCCGCGCUCGCUCAUGGCUGGCUUCCCUGUGUGCCCCAAGCUCCGAGUCGAGUUCGGCUCUGCCCAGGACUGCCUCUUCCGUUGGUAUCACGAGGAGAAGAUCGACCCGGUUGAGACUGCGUCGACCGCCGCGAGCAACAGCUGGGUGGAAGCCCCAGCCGGCUCCGAGCGCGUCUUCAUGCCGACCAACGAGCAUAUUGGGCGCCGCCUGAAGCUCGUGUGCAUCCCGGGCAACGGCGAGCGGCGCUACGGGCUGCCCCGCGAGUUGGAAAGUGUAGGCCCCGUGGAGGCUGGCCCGGGUGCCUGCACUUUCGAGGCGCGGCAUCUCUACACCAAGAAAGUCACGGUGCCCGGACUUAUCCGCAUGGUUUCCUAUAAUAUCCUGGCCGACAUCUACGCCAGGACUGAGCUCUCGCGGACCGUGCUUUAUCCGUAUUGUGCUCCUUACUCGCUGGAGCUCGACUACCGGCAAAACCUGCUCAAAAAAGAACUGGCCGGCUACAACGCCGACAUUAUUUGCCUACAGGAGGUAGACAAGUCGGUCUUUGUGGAUAGCCUGGGGCCUGCGCUUGAUGCCUUCGGCCUGGAGGGGCUAUUUCGGAUCAAAGAGAGACAGCACGAGGGCCUGGCCACUUUCUACCGAAGGGACAAAUUCAGUCUCCUUAGUCAGCACGACAUUGCCUUCAAUCAGGCUCUGCUUGAAGAUCCCUUGCACAGAGAAUUGCGGGACAAGGUAGCUACCUGCCCGCAGGUUGAGGAAAGCCUGCUUAAGCGAUCAUCAGCUCUCCAGGUUUCUGUCCUUCAGUCUCAAAAUGAUUCUUCGAGAAAGAUUUGUGUAGCCAACACUCACUUGUUUUGGCACCCAAAAGGUGAAAAUAUCCGUCUAAUUCAAGUUGCAAUAGCAUUAUCCCAUAUUAAGCAUGUGAUCAAUGACAUGUAUCCUGCUACACCUCUCAUACUCUGUGGGGAUUUUAAUGCCACGCCAUCAACUGGAACAUAUACUUUUGUCAAUAGCGGUAGUAUUACCGAAGAUCAUGAGAGCUGGGAUUCAGAAGUUAAAGAGCAACGGUUUGCUAUGUCUCUAGCCCACCAGUUCAGUCUUAAAAGUGCUUGUGGAGAACCAGCCUACACUAAUUACGUUGGAGGCUUUCAUGGAUGUUUGGACUAUGUUUUCAUUGAUGCAAAUGUUUUGGAGGUUGAACAGGUAAUUCCACUGCCAAGCCACGAAGAAGUAACUACCCACCAGGCCUUACCAAGUGUUUCACACCCAUCAGAUCAUAUAGCACUAAUAUGUGAUAUAAAGUGGAAAUAAUUAUUUUCUGAAAUGUCUGCUACUUGUGAAAAGUUCAGUUGAAAUGCUUCUUUGAUCACAAUUAUAUCUCAUUUUUAAUUCUUUGUAAGUGGUCAUACUUUUUAUAACAGCGUUCUUAUGUACUAGUGCUGUAUUAUUCUUCUGUUAAUGAACAGAAUCAAUACAUUUUGAAACUAUCAUUGUCCUACUUCAUUUUUAGAUGACUUUUAAAAUAAGGAGUAAGACUGGUUUGUUUAAACUAAUAUUUAUCUAUCAGUCACUACUGACAUGUUGAGGGAAUAUCCACUCUUGUCUUUAUAAGACUGUAUUAAAGAUUCAAAAAAUAUUCUGGCAAUUCCCACUAUUGGGAAAGAUCUUAUUCAAAGAAACCAAAAUAAUUUGGGUUUAAAUAAUAGUGGUAAUAUUGUGGUAUGCUUGGGCAGAGACUGACUUUGUUAGGGAGUGGUGAUUUUGGUUAAUUGUAAUCCACCUUUAGGGGAGCUUAAGGACUAUUGCUUCCUUCUGUGUUGGAAAGCUUUUUAAAAAAGAAUUUUCAUGGUUUGAGCAACGUCUAAGCAACAAAGACUGGGUGGAAGACAACUGCCUCCUCUCCCACUUCUGUAUUUCAUUUUAAGCAAAGGGAAGUAAUAAAAGAGAUGCUGUAGCUGCAGCAGCCUCAUCUUUGAGAAGCCUCUCUAGUGUCUUGUGUCUGAUGGAGGCUAGAAAAAGUAAUUAAGCUCCAGUUAACUCUCUUCCAGACCAGUUCACAAGACCUAGUUAAGAAGAUACUCAACUGUUAAUCCUGUGUACAAGGGUAAACUGUCUCCUUUAUUAUCUAAAGAUGUGAUCAAGAUACUGGUAUUGCUAGUAACCUGGUUAAACAUGUUUUGCAUCCUGAACCAUUAAAUCCUGAAUCUUUGUUAGCUGCCCAAAGUUACGAAUUUGAGAUAGGUGGCCAUAUAAAACAAAUAAAUACAUAAACUAGCUAAAAUGAUUAUUUAACUGUUUGAUAUGUGUCCCUGAUCAUAUGAGUGCUAGGUCUACUUCUCGCAACUUAUGUUAACUGUGACUAAUAAUGGGGCACCCCAUUUCAUUGCCCUAAUUUGUGUAAGAUAGACUAUGUUAUCGCGAGCUGCAUUAUGGCAAAAGGUCAUGCAACCAUAGUUACGGCUUUUUUUAUAUCAGUUUGCAUAGAUCGUUAAACUAGAUAAAUUUAAUGAAUAUCUGAUUAACCAUGUUUUAGUAUCCCAUAUGAAUACAGUGUAGCUCAUUUUUGUUUGUCAGACCUGUUAAUUUAUGUAGUUUCUAGAUCCUUUAUUUGCCUAACCAGAUUACUACAGUAUAUUCAUUUUGUCGUGUUAUAUACUACUAAAGCUCUGAUUCCUAUAACAUUUAACUGGGCAAAACAAUGCAACAAAGUGCUAAAUAUUUUGAAUCAAGGUAGCUCAAAUGGGCUAAUUUACAGAAUGCGUCCAAAAACUGGGACCCAUGACUCUUGCGAAAUUGUAAUUCGGCAAAUUCUAUAAAUGUUUUAUGAUAUAAACAUCAUAAAACAAAUUUAUGACAUAAUACAAACGUCAAAACCUAUUUCCUAGUCUGAUGUUGGCUCUGCUAUAGAGUUCAACAUGGAGUAUUUUCAAGGAUGAUACAUUUCUGCAUGUAUCUCAGCUUUUCGAGUUAAGGCAGUACAUCCAAAGCUCUGCCGUUAUCAACUGCAUCUUUAAAAUGGUUGAAUCCAAGAAUCCUUUGGAAAAUCAUGAGAUGCAGCUUGGAAGCAUAUAGCAAUUUAAAAAAAAAAACACUAUCCUGAACCCCCUACAUUUUGUGCUUAGAAGAUAAAACAAUUUAACAUAAUGAUAUAAUAAGCUGCAAUAAUCAACAUUGAUCAUUUUGAGUGGCAAGAAGUAGUAUUUCAGCCAUAAGCCAUGAUAUAAAUGCAAAUUUAUCCCUUCAGAACAGCAUCUUUUAAAAAAAAUUAAAUCUCUUUUGUUUCUUGUAAGGAUAUUCAAGCAUACUGAUAUUCUCAGAUAUACAAACUGGAAAGAAUGCAGUAUGAGCUAUUUGUUUUUUAAAAAAUUAUUUUGGGGUUUGAGCACCAGAUUUAGUUUUUCCUCAUUUGAAUAGUGUAGCAAUAAUCAGUGUUCCUGCUUGAUUAAGAUUGGAAUGAGAACAUGAGCCAAAGAAAUAAUGCUGAUCUGUGCAAGCCCUAUUAAAUAAUACGUCUUAUUUUUUUGAACCAAUAAUUUUCUGAGUAGAUAGAGGAAUGUUGUAAAAGUAAAGUAUUUGCCAAAAUAUCUUACAACCUUUGGGUAGAUAGAAUGAUUAUUAAAUGUAUACAUACAUGUCUGGACAUUUAUAAUCAAAAGUAAAAAAAACUGGAAAAGGCAUCAAAUGGAUUGCCAAACAUGCAGUCAGGAGACCAAUGUUCCUUAACAUUUUUAUUAAUGACUAGGAUGAAGAGGUAGAUGGAAAUAUGGAUUCUGUCGACACUACAUACCGCUAUUACAUCUCAACAUUUUUGCGAAGUACUGAUGGCAGUUCCCCAAUUGUGCUAAUUUCUUAAAUACCAUAUUUUGUCAAAAGUAUAACAAGCCUGAGAAGAUAUAGCUUAAUAUGAAGUAUGCAGCUAAUGUAUUAUUAUGUCAAUUUAGCAGUUUUGAGAAUUAUUUGAAUGAUAUAAAGUAAUUCAAUAAAUUAAAAUUUCAGUUUUAAAUGCAUCAUUUUUGUGGUGCCAGUUAUAACUGAGAUUAAAAGAAAUUUAAAAAUUCAGAUUUUUGAGCAGAGAUAUACAAAGGUUUCCAAAUUAAGCGCUAUCUAAGCAUCAGAUAAUUGACCACGUGGAAGGAACUCGCAGGACAAUUACUAGCAAACCAAAGUGUUCUGUCAAUCAUUAAUGAAACAGACUCUUUGGGCAGUUUGAACUUUAUUACCAUUCUGAACUCUAAGUACUCUCAUAUCUGGACAUCUUAAAAGGAUUUAGAUUUACAGCUUCAAAACACUUUUACAGGAUUUACCUUUGAUAAUUAAUCAGUUAUGUUGUACACAACUUUAACUGCCCAUCUUAAUUUUUUUGCCAAAUUGAAAACAAUUCAAAAUCUAUUCAGAUCUGUUUGUGUUCAAGGUACAGAAAAAACUCCGUUUAUUGAAAAAGAAUCUGUCACACAUUCAUAUUAUCAGUUCCACAAACGUAAAAUUCAAGGAGCAUACACAAAGCUAUACAUUUGUAUCAUUUUAAUUAGGAAUAAUUCUGAAUAGGUUAUAAAGAAAUUAAUCCAUCAAGUCUGAAGAAUUUUCAAAAUCUCUUCAUGAAGAUAUGUUCACCAAUAAACAGUAAAACUUUAGCAGAACUAUUAUACACUGGGCAAAACAGGCUGAUACUGAAAGCAACAUGCAAAAA